CAUUUGGGCUCCGUCCGGCAGUUUUGUGCUCAAACCAAAUUUUUUUUUGUAUUUUUAAUUUUGAUGAUGAGUUCUAAAAAUUUUGCCAACUACACAACACAUCUUUUGAAAGACCUGGUUCAGCCAUGCCGGUGUACGAGGCCAAGGGGUUACCUGUCUGCCCGUUCCAUGGGAAGUUUCAAGUGCGAAAAAGCGGUUAUAAAGGAAAAGAAGACAUGUAUACCGGUUGUGAAAUUACAGCCAGAAUACUAUAAGCAGCGCAAGCCCUGCAAGCCAGAUACUGAGCUAAGGGCAAACCCCAUUUUGGGCUACCCGCGGUGCGAUGUACCCUACAAUCCGACGUGUAUGGGGCUUUGUUUCAACCAACCCCGUCUCGAUACGCGCCUGUACAAGCCAAGCAAGAGUCUCCAUCGUCCCUUCCAGGUCAACUGGGUGGACUGUGUGCCGGAGAAGCGUGCCGAGCGAUGCGUGGCCAAAAUGAUGCCCCCGGAGAUCAAGCGCCGCAAGACAAAAAGGCCGUAUUGUCCCCGAUUUGUGAUUAAAAAGUGUCCCAUAUUGAAGCCGAUGCCGUGCAAGCCCUUUACACCGGCACCUCCUACAUCGGAGGAGCGCUGUAUCAAGUUCCCGCUAUGCGAGUGCCCUAAGGGCAGAGACAGGACCCGUUGCAAGAUCAAUAUGAAAGUGCACCCAACAUGCAAGCGACCGCGCACACGCUAUCCCAGUUUCUCAGAGUGUGAUGCUGCCGUGAACGCGGCAGUAAAUACCGAGUGCUACAGUCCGCCAUCCAUAUGCGAGAUGUGGCGAUCGUUCAAGAGUCGUCAUAGCGGAUAACUAAGAUAAGAUAACUCAUUUAGAACUCUAGAUACUGUGGCGUUUCGUAUGCAACUUUAUAUCGGUCAACACCUCUUCAAUCGAUAAUUAGAACUACAGAAAAAGAAGGGCAUUUGAGCGCUAACCACCACAAUCUCAAUUCAAUUCGGCAAAAUUUUUCUCGAAAUACCGACCCAAAUCGCUCGAAUUUUAAACAUAAAAUGGUUGUAACUAAGCAAAAUUGUUCCGAUAAAUCGCGUUUAAAAACGUGAAUAAUUUCAAACGCAAUGAAAAUAUAUAUAUUUCUCCGAUAUAUAAAUUAUUCAAUUUUACUGAAUAAA